GAGCCCUCUUGCCUGUCUGCUCAGUUCAUCCCCAGCAGCAGCUGCUCCAGGAACACAGGUGCCAUGCAGCCCCGGGUGCUCCUCGUUGCCGCCCUCCUGGCGCUCCUGGCCUCUGCCCGAGCUGAGGGGGCUGAGGAACCCUCCUUGCUGGGCGUCAUGCAGGGCUACAUGCAGCGGGCCACCAAGACUGCCCAGGACGCGCUGACCAGCGUGCAGGAGUCCCAAGUGGCCCAACAGGCCAGGGGCUGGAUGACCGAUGGCCUUAGCUCCCUGAAAGACUACUGGAGCACCAUGAAGGACAAGUUCUCUGGAUUCUGGGAUGCCAACCCUGACGCGGGACCAACUCCGGCCCCUUGAGACCUUCUGAGACCUUGGCACCCUGAGCCCACCUGCCCGUCCAUUUUGCCAGCUCCAAGGCUGGCCUCGCAGGUUGCUUGAGAGGGACAGUAUUCUCAGUGCCCUCCCCCCGACCCUGCCCCAGGCCUGGCCACCUCCAGGCAUGCUGUCCUCCCAAUAAAGCUGGGCGAGAAGCUGCUGUGA